AUGCCCAUGUCAACAACACUGCGAGCUUCGGUGCCGGUCUGCAUUCCCCUCGCCUACUUUUGGAUAUCAGUCUUCGCUUUCUGUGUAGUGGUUUCCACCCCGCUUUCAAGAAGAUUCCUUAGGCUUCCGCUGCAGCUAGUCGUCAUCGGAUUCAUAUGGCUGUCUUUCUCGACCACGAAUCUCUGGGCCGAGCCUCUGGAUAGUCUCUGGGGGCUCUUGAUGGUGGUCUGGAUUUCGCACUCGACCUCGCUCAUGUGGUUUGAGCAACCGCUCUCAUUUUUUGAUUCAAAAGAUGAGAACUGCCGUCAACAAACCGCGUUCUGCACGCCCCAGCAGGUGUCCGGCGUGGCUCCAGCGAAGUCUCCUCGCAACCUGGCCACUUUCGCGCUGGUGCGCAUCGGGAAACUCGUUGUCUACGGCCUUAGCACCGUUUACCUGCUGCCACGCGUCUUCCCGGGACCGUUUUCACCAAUGGAAGUCUCAGAAUUCGACUCCCUGCACGAGACCUACCUCCGGCGCCUGCUACUGCAGACCCAGCAUCCCAACCCGGUCACCCUUCGCGAGUCACUGAUCCGCAGCAUCUGGGCCGUGCUCUGGGCAUGGGGAGCCUACGCUCUGAUUGACGCCGCGCACGACGCGCUCGCUCUCCUCUUCGUCGUCGUUCUUCGUGUCGAUGCGCCGGAGGCCUGGCCCCCGCUGUUCGGCAGCUUGGCCGACGCCUACAGCAUCCGUCGCUUCUGGGGUAAGUUCUGGCACCGCGGGAUCGUGCUGCCGUAUCUGAAUUAUGGCAAGCUAUUCUCGCGGAGGCUGCUUGGCCUGACUCCUGGUUCCACGGCUGACCGGGUAUUGCUGUUCUUCAUGGUAUUCUUCCUGUCUGGCGUGGCGCAUGCGCUUGUAGCAUGGCAGCUUGGUGAUUGCUGCGGUUGGGUGAGAGACAUAGCUUGGUUCUGUGGAAACUUUGUGGCGGGCGCUGUCGAGGCCUCCGUGGCGUGGCAGCUGCGUAGUUUUGCUGCCCGGUGCGGUUAUACGAAGCAAUGGCGGAAGAUGAGUGAAAGUGUGUUCGCAAAAGCCCUCGGUUUUGCAUGGGUCUUUGCGUUUUUCUUCUGGAGCGUGCCGAAGUGGCAGUACCCUAAGUUGUAUUGCGCUAUGCAGCACGAGAUGGCGCUCCUGGAACCGGAUGGAAAUUUAGUGUAA